AUGGCGGACGAACAACCUCAGAACGGCCUAGGACCCGAGUCAGAAGGCCAGCAGAACGGAGCGGCCAACGGUGGUGUGCCCCGCAAGGGCAAGAAGGAGGCCUGCAUUCUCGGCGUGGGUCGCGCCGUGCCGCCGCAGGAGGUGCCCACGCAGCAGUACCUCGACUUUUGCAUCAAGUCGCUCCAGCUCGACUCCCAGCCCAAGGUCGUCGAGGCCCUGCAAAAGUUGGCCGAUCGCUCCGAGAUUCACACGCGCUACUUCUGCUCGGCGGAUCCGGUGAGGCCGAGAGAGGAAUGGAAGAUCCUGCCCCAGGACUUCCCCAACUCCGUGCCCACCAUGACCGUGCGCAACAAGGCUUACUGCGAGGAAGCGCCCAAGCUGGCGAUCGAGGCGUGCAAGAAAGCGGUGGCGGAUUGGGGCGGCGACGCGAAGGACAUCACCCACAUCAUCUCCGUUUCCUGCACCGGCGUUCAGGCCCCCGGUAUCGAGUUCUACGUGAUGGAGGAGCUGGGCAUCCCGCGAACGGCCGAGCGACUCGGCAUCAACAUCAUGGGCUGCUUCGGUGCCUUCAGAGCGCUCGCCACCGCCAAGGCCCUCGCCAAAGAGGACGCGAAGAAUCGAAUCCUCAUCGUUUGUACAGAGAUCUGCUCCAUCCACUUCCAAGCUGAGCUGUGCCUGGAGACGUUUGUGGGCAACGCGCUGUUCGGAGACGGGUCGGGUUCGGUGGUGGUGGGCGCGCGGCCGACGGAAAAGGAGAAGACCCUGUGGAUCAUCGAGGGCACCAAGUCCCGCAUCCUCGAGCACACCCCCGAGCUCAUGACCUGGGAAGCCUCCGACAAGGGUUUCUUGAUGAAGCUGUCGCAGAAGAUUCCCGACUCGCUCAAGUCGCAGACGCCCGAUUUUGCCGACCAGAUCCUGGAGAAGCGCUGCGCGUUCUCCGAGUGCGGCUGGGCCAUUCACCCCGGCGGAAAGUCGAUUUUGGCGGGCAUUGAGCAGGUGCUCGGUCUCCAGAGGUGGCAGACGGAGUGCUCCUGGGAGGUGCUCAAGAACUACGGCAACAUGUCGAGCGCCACGUUCCUGUUCGUGCUCGACGAGCUCCGGAAGAAGAGGCCCACUGAGGCCACUGCCCCCUGGGUUGUCGGCAUGGGCUUUGGCCCCGGAUUGGCGCUCGAGGGCGUGCUCCUGCGGUACCCCGAGGACUCAGCACCCAAGGGAAGCGAGUGA